CUUUUCACCAUGAAGUCCCUCAUCUUGUCUACUCUGACAAGCUUGGCCCUUGCAGCCAGACCUUUCCUCAACGAGCCUGAUACUGGUUCUCCAAAAGCANUCGACGAUGCCUUAGGGAAUACACCUGUUGGCACUCUGCCACCACUCGACAACAUUGUCGGGCUUCCAGACUUUGACUGGGCAGCUCGUCAUUACAUGAACACGAGUGCUUAUACCUACUACCGCAACGGUGCUGCCGGCGAGUGGUCUUACCGCAAUAACUUGGAGGCCUUCCAAAGAUACACUGCUCGUCCUCGCGUAUUGAGAGACAACUCGAAGAUCGAGUCAACAUUCACUACAUCGAUCCUCGGCCACAACUUCUCGGCACCCUUUUACAUCAGUCCAUGUGCACGAGGUGCUCUUGGUAACGAAAGAGCUGAACUCGGACUUGUCGAGGGUGCUUAUCAAGGAAAUAUUCUCUAUAUCCCUUCGGACUUCAGCUCUCUGCCAUUGAAGGCCCUGGCCGCCGCGAGACCCUCGAACGGCUCUCAAGUCAUGUGGCAGCAAGUCUACCUCGAUGCUGCCAACGAUACUGCCACUAAGGCACACUUCAAGGAGAUCGAGGAAUCUGGUGCUCGCGCAAUUGUUUUUACUGUUGAUAGUGCUGGACCUGGUGUGCGCCAACGUGCUCAGCGUUACUCGGCAGGCUCGGCAGAUGCAGAGUAUUCGGCUUUCACAUGGCAAUACUACCAGAAGCUUCAGAACUUCACGAGAUUGCCUGUCGUCAUCAAGGGCAUUCAGACAGUUGAAGAUGCUAAGAUGGCAGUCAAGUACAAGGCACCUGCAAUCAUCUUGUCCAACCACGGCGGCCGCAACCUCGACGGAAGUCCCUCUGGUUUUGAGGUUGCUCUCGAGAUUCACCAAGAGGCACCCGAGAUCUUCCAACAGAUUGAAGUGUAUGCCGACGGUGGUGUCAGGUAUGGAAGCGAUGUGCUCAAGAUGCUUGCGCUCGGAGUUCGUGCAGUUGGACUCGGCAGACCUUUCAUGUAUGCCAAUGUCUAUGGUACUGAGGGUGUUGCCAAGGCUGUUGAAUUGUUGAAGGCAGAGAUUGCUAGCGAUGCUGCACACCUGGGACUGAGCUCGCUCAAGGAUAUCGGGCCGCAGUACUUCAAGUGGACGCCGAACAACUGGUACAGCUAG